AUCCAAAUAAGCAGCGUCGGUAGCCGAUUCCGACGCAGGAGGAAGAGGGAGAAGAAGAAAAAGGCAAAUUAGUAGUUAUAAUGUGGGCAUCUGCUAUGUCGUCGGCGGCGCCGCCGGUGCCGACGAAGACAAUUCCGGGGAGCUACGGCCUGCCGGUGUUGGGCCCUCUGAAGGAUCGGCUGGAUUACUUCUGGUUCCAAGGCCCAGAGACCUACUUCCGGAGCCGCGUGGCGUCGCACAAAAGCACGGUGUUCCGUACCAACAUGCCGCCCACCUUCCCCUUCUUUGUCGGCGUCGAUCCUCGAGUAGUGGCCGUGCUCGACUGCUCCUCCUUCUCCGUCCUCUUCGACCGAUCCCUCGUCGACAAGCGCAAUGUUCUCGUCGGCGACUAUAUGCCUAGCAUUAGCUUCACCGGCGACACCCGCGUCGUCGUCUACCUCGACCCCUCUGAGCCUGAUCACGCCAGGGUCAAGAGCUUCUGCCUCGACAUCCUCAAGCGGAGCGCCGCCACUUGGGCCUCUUCCUUCCACUCGAACUUCGACAUCAUGUUUGAUACCCUUGAGCGCGAGAUCGCCAAGGGCGGAUCCGCCUCCGGCCUCGUCCCCGUCCAACAGUGCAUCUUCAACUUCCUCUGCCGGAGCAUCGUCGGUGCCGAUCCAUCAGCGUCGCCUGAGAUCGGAUCCAACGGUUUCGCCAUGCUCGAUACGUGGCUUGCUCUACAGCUGAUGCCCGUCACCGCCGUCCCAAACUUCCCGCAACCGCUGCAAGAGAUCCUGCUCCACUCCAUCCCCUACCCCUCCUUCUUCAUCAGCGGCGUCUACCGCAAGCUCUACGAGUUCGUGGAGAAGCACGGGGAGGAGGUGGUGCUACGCGCGGAAACAGAGUUUGGCAUCGACAAGAAGGAUGCCAUCAACAACAUCCUAUUCGUGCUGGGGUUCAACGCCUUCGGUGGCUUCUCCAUCUUCCUGCCGGCGCUGCUAACCACCGUCGGAACCGACAAGACAGGGCUGCGGGAGCGGCUGCGGGAGGAGGUGAGGAGGGUGAUGCAGGGGAGGCCAGGGGAGGCGAGACCAGGUUUCGAGGCGGUGCGGGAGAUGGAGCUAGUGCGGGCAACGGUGUACGAGACGCUACGUCUGAACCCGCCGGUGCCACUGCAGUACGGGCGUGCGAGGGACGACUUCACACUGAGAUCACACGACGCGGCGUUCCAGGUGCGCAAGGGCGAGCUACUGUGCGGGUACCAGCCGCUGGUGAUGCGGGAUCCGGAGGUGUUCGAGGACCCAGAGACAUUCUCGCCGGAGCGGUUCAAAGGCGCCGCAGGGAAGGAGAUGCUCAAGUACCUAUUCUGGUCGAACGGGCCGCAGACAGGGGCGCCGACGGCGGAGAACAAACAAUGCGCCGCAAAGGACUAUGUGGUGGAGACGGCGUGUCUGCUGCUGGCGAACAUCUUCCUCCGCUACGACGAGUUCGUCUGCGCCGACGACGGCUUCACGGUGACAAAGCUACAGAAGGCGGCUGCCGCCGUGCCUGUAGAGUAGGGCUGUAGGGCUGUAGGGCUGUAGGGCGGGCGGAUCGGAUCAGGAACAGAAAACGACACACAAUGGAGAGGCGUUUAAUUUGCUUCGAUAAAAGUUAAUUGCUAGUAUUUCAAUUUCAGCUUUAGCCGAGGACGGCGGAAUAAAUUGGGUUUUCCAACAAA